UUAGAGCUGCAUUUUCCAUUUUGGAGGAUCUUAGCCAAGUAUCUGGGUGAAGAUCAAAUGCUCGGGAUCGUGUGCACAAACUCUGAGACGGCAUUUAGUCUCGAGACAUAUGACAAAAACGGAGAAGUUGAUCUCCAAAAUGCCGUUUAUGCAAAAGCAGCUGAACUUGGCAAGUCUAUUAGUGGUGAAUUUCGUGUCAUAUGUCUUGAGGAAAUAAGCCCAUACAGAGGAGAGAUUGAAGGCUGUGAUCCUCAAAGGAAACUGGCUUUGCCUUAUCCUACCUUACCUUGUGGAGAAAUCCCUCCAGGCUUCGUAGGAUAUGCAGUUAACAUGGUCAACAUAGACUUUGAUCAUUUGGCAACAAGAACAACCAAAGGCCUUGGUCUACGAGAAACACUAUUUUAUCGGCUUUUUGGCAAGUUACAGGUUUAUGACACCAGAGAACACAUGAAGCAGGCCUCUGUCUGCAUAGAACACGGUGCUGUAUCACUGGAUGGUGGAAUAAUACGAGAGGACGGCUUGAUUUCUCUAGGCUUCUGGAAGCCAGACAUAAUCUUUCCUGUUGUCACAUCUGAAAUUCAUAUAAAUACUUUGCCGGGGAGUACGCAAGUCGGGAUGCAGAUCGCAGAGGCUAUGUCGGAGUUGAGAGUGACCCUAUGCAAGAUACGUAAGAUUACAAGAGCUUGCGAGGAAGAUAAGCGGCAAUUUUUUGGGAAGACUGAGGACUUUAUAAGUAAUGGACACAGCCGAGGCUUUCAUGAAAAAUCACUGUCCGACGAUGGAAUUCUGCCCGGAUAAUUAGGUCUACCCCACCAUUUCCUCGUGAAUUAUUUCAAGUCUUAUAUUUCCAGCCUUGGAAACAUGGGAUAAUUGUCUAUGCCGAGUAAAUGAAAGAGAACGAGAGAAUCACUGGGUGUUUUUUGCAGCUGCCAAUUUUUUGGAAUUGAAACUGUUACCGUAAGUUGAACAUUUCUGUCCUCUUUGUUGGAUUGAUGUUCCGGCAUCAUUAGU